GGAGCCUCAGGUAUGGAGGCUGACCCCCGUCGACGAGCUUAUCUCGAUCCUCUUCUUGUUUCUGUCCACCAUCUCGCUCGCAACGGCUUAGAAUGCUUGACGCUAUGAACGACUCAAUUUAUGGAUUCUCCAGCGCUCAUCUGAGUGGACUAGCUCUCCUAGCUGCGAUCAGCGCCGCUGUACUGGCGCUCUAUAAGCGAAAGCAGUUGAAGAUUGGAGCGAAAACGCCCGCGGAGGAUCUGGCGUCUCUGAACGAGAAGAACAAGAAUAGGCCGCACGGAACAUGGAAUCCUCUUCCCCCCAAUAUAUACUCGUUCUCCGAGCCCGAGGUUCAUCCUACGGCAGGCGGUGAUGUUUUGCAGAUUGACCCCAUCAUCUAUCGGCCUUGGAGAUGGGGCCAAUAUCAUGUGACUAUGGGCUUGAAGUCUCUGAACCAGUCCGAAUGGUUCGAGGUGGACAAGCAAUAUCCCGACUACCAUCGUAUCCGCAAGCAUCGCAUCGCCACCCGCGGACACAAUGUCGUCCGCCUUCUGUCCGCGAAGGAGGUGGGGAACGGAGAUGUUGUCCGGGAGGGCGUUUGCGCCCAGGCUGCCGUCGAACUUCUGCUGUCCGCCGCGCAUUACCUCGCUGGCCGCUAUCCAAAGUCUUACCAGCUCUCUUCCGACGGGAGGUCCAUCUUUAUACCUCCGGUCAACGAAACCUAUAGCCUGCCUUCGCCGCUAUGGCACGGCGAAGGCGAGAAGCGCCAGAUGAGAGACGUCUCGCGCGAGGAAGGAGAGGAAGCUCUGCGCACUUGCGCAUUACUCGUUCAGGACGACCUCGCUAUCAUGAUUGAAGGCAAUGACAGUCAGUACUACUUCCAAGGCGGCGCUAUCUGCGUGCCCGGAUUUUGGCGCAUGCGGGACAAGAUAGGUCGCCCGCUGGACGAAAUUCACACCAGCGGCAAUGUGCCAUACUACGAGCAAAACCUCCGCGCCUCCAUGAACCGCUUCUUCCUCAAAUUCCCCGUCGACAAGCCCGUCACCCGGAACAACUACUUCCUCCAAAUCGUCCAGCCCAAGCCUCCCACCUGCACCCAAGACUCGACCUACCCCUCCUCCGGCACCACGCCCAUCAACUCCACCGGACUGAACGCCAAGGUCUACGACUCCGCCUACAACCCCAUCGACCCCGAAGAGCUCGCCUGGUCCGCGACGACGAACGGCCCCGAGGACGAGUACCGCCCAGGCCACGCGCACCAGCCGCCGGAGGGCAAGCCGCUCAUCGUCACGCCCGAGACCUUGCGCAUGCGCACCGAAAGGCAGACGCUGCGGCGCCUGCCCGGGAGCGGGGCGAUUGUCUUUGGGAUCCGGACGUAUGUGUGGGAGAUCGAGAAGAUUAAGGAAGAAACGGAGGAGGUGGGGGAGGGGAAGAGGGAGAGUGUGGCGGAGCGGUUUGCGAGUGCGAUUAGGGGGUGGCCGGAGCAGGUGCGGACGUAUAAGGGAGCGACUGUGUAUGAGGAUGUGCUUGUGCCGUAUUUGGAGAGCAAGUAGGGGAACGGAUGUACGUCGUUGUUUGAUUAUGGUGAAUAUGUCGCACGACUAUUGCUCGGACUCG